AUGACGCUGAAGGAUGACUCGGGGAACAGUCAAGAAGGCGCAAAUGGGCCCAUCUACAUUGACGUCACCUCCACACCAGUACAAAACGCGGAGCUAGUACUUCCAUUCACACUCCUCGAAUCACUGUACACAUCUAUGGCAAAUGCUGGGUACCGCCAGCACUCGUCAGCCAAUGGGAUCCCUUUAUUCGAUUACUAUGGCAACGCGCUGUGGGUCCGCGCCGAGCAGGACCCGGAUAUUGAACCCGAGGUGUCCAAUUCUUUAGGACAGGUGCAGGAACGGGGACAGGUGGUGUACGACGCGUUCAGACGGCCUGUACAUAUGGUGAUCGAUGAGACUGAGUGGGUGUACACAUAUAUAGAGCUGCCUGUGUAUGUGGACGCCUACUGGGAGCCGGUUGAGGCAACCCUGG